AUGGGCCAGAAAAUCGGUGAAAUGUUUGAAAAUGUUGAUGACCCCGAACAAGCUACAAACAAAAUAGCACAAGGCGUCUUUGCUUAUUACGACAGCGAGAAUUUUUUAAAGUACUUAACCGUUAAACGGAAAAAUAUGGUAUUGAUGACGUCAUCUGAAAACAAUACAAAAGAAAGGAAUCUUCAUAUAAUGAAAGAUUGCGUUGUUAACAUACCGAUAUCGAUCGGCUUCCACAAGAACUCACCGCUGAAGCCGCUAGCAGAUGUUACUUACGACGUAUAG